UCUUAUUUUGCCCUUUCAACUAUUUUUUUAAAAGGCAACAUCCCCUUUUUUUUUCAUUUCUAAUCACUCAUGAGCUCUCAACCCACUGGCAAAUUAUUAGGCUUACUAGGAGCUUUCUUUCUCGCCCAUUCAGCAUAUUCAACCUAUGAACAUCUUGCUUAUAUUAAAGCUGUCGAUGAGGUCAACACAGCACUCCCCGUUGAAAUUGUUACUGAAUGUUUAGUGUCGGCCUUGGUCGCACUCUUUGGUGUCAUCUUGUCUGCAGACGCGUUUAAACCCAUUGCCAUGGAGGAUGAAAUUGUUAAAAUGACUAUUGAUAAAACUGAUACAAGACCUUCAUUUGUCACAUUCAACCAUCGUAAAGUGAUUUCCACGCAAGCGGAACAAAAUAGAAAGAUUUAAGAUAACAAUAAAACCUUGUAUUACCCUUUAUUAUAAUAAUUUUUGGACCUCACAUAGCAGGCGAGUAAUCCUCCUCUUCCUCCUCAUCCUCAUCUUCCUCUUGGCUUAAUUCAUUAUAGAGUUUGGUAGAACUGGAAGGCGAAAGAGGUUCGCCGUCUUCAUUGAAGAAAUCAUCGAGAUCCUUCAAAGCAUUCAUCAAAUCGUCACCAUAUUGACCAGCAGUUGAUAUUCCACCGACCGAUUGAGAAUUAACUCCAGCCAUGGUAUAAUCAUCUCUAUAUACAUUUUCAGUCACAGAUGCCUCACCCGUUAACAUAGAAAAGUCCUCUACAGAGAAUUGGAUAUUAUGUUCAAUAGGAGCUUCAUUGGUGAUAGACGAGCAUUCAAAUACAACCGCAUGAAUAUUGUGUCGAGUAAUUUUCGCUGCCUCUGCAAAAUUAUUGAAUCCAUAAAUUAA